ACUUGAACACUGGAUGACUGACUUGCUGUCCUUCAUCACAACACAACACACACAAAUCCUCCUCCUCAUCACAAACAUGACUCUGAUCUGCAUCCUCAUCUGGACUCUCCUCUGCUGCUGCUUCACAGAGUCCAGAGGACAGGUCACAGUGACUCAGCCUGCAGCAGUGAGAUCUGCUCUGGGAGCCUCUGUCACCAUCUCAUGUAGGACCGUUCAGGAUGUAAUUUUCUACAGCCCAUACCACUGUUUAUCCUGGUACCAACAGAAAGAUGGAGGAACUCCUAAACGUAUCAUUUAUGCUGCUUUGAAUAGAGAUUCAGGGAUUCCAGGUCAUUUUUCAGGCAGUGGAUCAGGCUCUUCCUUCACUCUGACCAUCAGUGGAGUCCAGACUGAAGAUGCAGCAGUUUACUACUGUCAGGCUCAUCAUAACAUCAACAAUUACUACUCGUUCACACACCACUUUGCAUCAGCAGCUCCAUGCUCCAGUGCUCUGGGAGAGUUUAAAGUCCUGACACUUGAACACUGGAUGACUGACAGCUGUCCUUCAUCACAACACAAGAACAAAUCCUCCUCAGCACAAAUCCUCCUCCUCAUCACAAACAUGACUCUGACCUGCGUCCUCAUCUGGACUCUCCUCUGCUGCUGCUUCACAGAGUCCAGAGGACAGGUCACAGUGACUCAGCCUGCAGCAGUGAGCUCUGCUCUGGGAGCCUCUGUCACCAUCUCAUGUAGGACCAGUCAGGAUGUUUUUUAUGGCAAAGACAAUCAAUACCACCAUAUAGCCUGGUACCAACUAACAGAUGAAGGAGUUGCUAAACAGCUAAUAUAUGGUGUGAACACUCGGGUAUCAGGGACUCCAAGUCGUUUUUCAGGCAGUGGAUCGCACUCUGACUUCACUCUGACUAUCAGUGGAGUCCAGACUGAAGAUGCAGCAGUUUACUACUGUCAGAGUCAUCAUCAGAUAAACAGUCAGCUGAUGUACACACAGUGA